AUGUCCCCAUACCAAUUGGUGUAUGGAAAAGCUUGUCAUCUUUCAGUGGAGCUUGAACACAGAGCAUUUUGGGCCCUCAAGUUACUGAAUUUUGAUAAUAAUACUGCUGGUGAAAGAAAGAUCUUGCAACUAAAUGAAUUAGAGGAAUUCAGAUCCCAAGCCUAUGAGAAUGCCAAGAUCUAUAAGGAGAAGGUAAAGAAAUGGCAUGAUCAAAGGCUAGCACCAAGGAGUUUUGUAGAAGGACAGAAGGUUCUCAUCUACAAUUCCAAGUUGAAGCUCUUUCUUGGGAGGUUAAGGUCAAGGUGGUCAAGACCCUUUCUGGUCACCAAGGUUUCACCUUAUGGACACAUAGAGAUCAUGGAGGAAAGCUCACAGCGAACCUUUACGGUGAAUGGACAAAGGCUCAAACAUUAUCUGGGCAACAUGGGGGAAAUCCCCAAGAUGAAGUACAAUCUCAGCUGA